GUAGGCGGAGUGUCUGCCGCUGGCCACUAGAUGGCGACAGAUGGAGUUAUUUUUCUUGCCAUGGCUCAUGAUCAGACGUGAUGUUGUGUUUGAGUAUUCCGCACAUCAUCCUCAUUAGCCUGCACAGUCCUGCAUAACAACCAUGACAAGUAAACGGAUUUAACUGUUGCGACGCAGAGCAGACUCAAGCACCGGUCUAAAUAAAGAUGAACAUUGAUGACAAGCUGGAGGGCAUGCUGCUGAAGUGCAGCAGUGGAGGAGUGGAGGGAGGGGCGAGGGUCGGCCUGGGCAGCAGAGGGGGCCUGGUGGUGAUGACCCUGGGCGAACGGUCGCUGGCCAACCACCCUCUGCUGGCCGAAGACGACGACGAUGAAGACGAGGACGAGGACUUGACCGGGAGCUCGCUGGUCACGCACGACCUGGUUCCUCCGGAGCAGCUGAUGAUGCAGGAGGAGAUGGUGAAGAACGACGGAGGAGGAGGAGGAGAGGGAGGAGGAGGAGGUGGAGGAGAGGGGGGAGUGCACUUCCCCCUGAAACUCUCCAACAAGUUGCCCUGCUCGCUUCAUAUGCCGCUGAGCAUCAAGCAGGAGCUGAAGCUGUCCGAGCCGCUGAUCCCCAUGAAGAAGGACAAGAAACAAGCGAAAGACCUGAUGGUGUGUCCCAAGAAGAAGAAGAGGAAGCAGCGCUCUCCAGCUAAGGUGCAAAUUCUCACUAUCAAUGAAGAUGGAUCUUUGGGCCUCCAAAACCCAAAGUGUCACGUGUGUGUUCACUGUAACGCUGCCUUCCGAACCAACUACCAUCUACAGAGGCAUGUCUUCAUCCACACCGGUGAGAAGCCCUUUCAGUGCAGCCAGUGUGAUAUGCGCUUUAUUCAGAAAUAUCUGCUCCAGAGACAUGAGAAGAUCCACACAGGUGAGAAGCCCUUUCGCUGUGACGAGUGCGGCAUGCGGUUCAUCCAGAAGUAUCACAUGGAGAGACACAAGAGGACCCACAGUGGAGAAAAGCCUUACCAGUGUGACUACUGUCACCAGUACUUCUCCAGAACAGACCGGGUUUUAAAGCACAGGCGGAUGUGUCACGAGAACAGAGAGAGAAAGUCCAACAAGGCAGCUGGGAAAGCCGGACCUUUACGUGAAACUGACUCCCUGGGCCUCUCCCUUCUUCCCAAGGAGUGUUCGCUGCCGAAGAAAAAGCGCCAGAAGUGUGCGGACAAGCUGCAGAGCUCAGCUGCCUCCACUGCCACCCAAAUGGAGGGGCACGCUGUCGCCGCCUUGGGAACGGAGGAGAAAGAGGAGCAAAGACAGAGCAAAAUUGAAUGUCUACCUCUUUACGCUGUUUCCUCCAAAGUCAAACACGAGUAUGUGAUCGCAGACUACGCCGUCGAACUUCCUGAAGAGUCAGCCAGCCACCACCAAGAGGGAGAGACGUCAUCUGAAGAAGUUCCUCCUCCUAAACUGGUCCUGAAGAAGGUUCCCAAGAGGAACCUCAAGCAGUCCAGUGAACAACCUCCUGCCAGCCUGUCCCCUUUGUCUUCCUUUGAGGAAAACAGCAAGGUCACGCGGUACACCUUUGAGAUUGUGGACAAGCAAGGCCUUCUAGACGUAGAGAGCAACACUGAACUUGAGCCGGUUGAAAAUCUCCAAGGAGGACCAACGAAGCCGGCGGCCAGCAGCACAAACUACGAUGAUGCCAUGCAGUUCCUCAAGAAAAAACGUUACCUGCAGGCCGCUAUGGCCAACAACAAUCGGGAUUACACCCUCAAUGCGAGCAGCAUCUCUUCUCAGCCGUCUGUUACUCAAACUGUGGUGUCGACCGUCAUCGAUGAGACUGUCCCCGCCACCAUCCUGGAGCCGCAGCCCAUCAACACUGAGAUUAAGGCAACCCACGACAAGAACGUGUUGCCGGAUGAGGUUCUCCAGACGUUGCUGGACCACUACUCCAACAAAACAAAUGGGCAGUCGGACAUCUCCUUCAGCGUUGCAGACACAGAGGUGACGUCGAGCAUAUCCAUCAACUCCUCCGAUGUUUCAGACAGCAGCCCUGUGGAGAGCCUGGGAGCCUCCAGCGCCCAGACUCAGCCAGCUACCGAGAAGGUCAGCCUCUUGCAGGAGUACUCCAAGUUCCUCCAACAAGCCCUGGAGAGGACGAGCCAGAACGACAGCUACCUGAGCAGCCAGAGCCUCAGCUUGGUCUCCGAGAACCCCACCCUUGCCGGGCAACCUCUGUUCUCCAACGAGAAACAGUUCCCUUCCCCCAGCAGGUUCAAAUCAGGGAUGAGCUCUCCGUUAAGGUCCACUUUAGAGAAACCUCACUUUGGAUUGCUUGUGGGCGACUCCCAGCACUCGUUUUCGUUUUCAGGUGAUGAGACCACGCCUCCCUCCGCGGUGUCCCCGGCUGAGGAGGACUUUCUGGAAGAGGUCUCGCCCUCCAAAAAGUCAGACUCCUCACAGGGGAUGCUGCAGACUUUUCAAAUCAGCACCUUCGACCACAACUUCAGAUCUCAUUUCCAGACGUCGAGGUCAGGAGCCUCGUCGCAGUUCACGAUUGCCAAUGGACAAGUCAGCCUUCGAGGACACAGCACAGACUUCUCAGAGUUCCCCUUAGUUACAGUCACUGAGACCAGGUCUCAACUCAACUCCUCCCCCGAUGUUUCAUCCAGUGAAACCUUCGGCUGAGGGGAAAAGGAUUCACACCUGUAAUCAUUUCAGUGGCACUUUAUAUCCCAUGUCUUCUGUUCUGCCAAAAUACGUCCCGUUGCAAAUGUGUGCUCUUGCUCAAAGCGCUGUGCUAGAAAAGCAAUUACUUUUAUUAUGUUUUUCUGCUAAGUUUAACUUUACAGAAUGGGAAAAAGAAAAAACGUAAUUAGCACCCCCACUUUAAAAAAAAGUUUUAAUGAUGCAUGGGUAUAUUUCAUGAUCCCUUCAAAGAAGAAUGUACAUCAAGAGAUUAGUGACCAAAGCGUAAUGCAAGGAUAUCGUGGAUAUCCUCACCAUUCAGGUUCAGUAGGAGGACUGUGGGCACUCCCUAUAAAUUCCACUUUUAUCAUGACAUUUCAGAUAAAAAUAUAAUGAAAUAAUAAAUAAUAGUAGUAGUAAUAAUCAAACUGGAAUUUGUUGGGGUCGCCUACAAAGUUAGGCGUCCUCCUACUAAACUUGGAUUAACCUUUUUUGACUCAGCAUCUAAAAAUAGAUGUGUACACCUUUGACUAUCCUUUCAUCAUUGCCAUAGAUUAUUUGUAUUUUUUCAUUUUUAUGUCUAUUGUCAAACAUUUUUGCCUAACAGUUCCUUGCACAAAAAUAUGAUCAUGUCAUUCUUGCUGCUUAAUGCAAUAUUUUCCACUUAACUAAAAAAAAUGUAGGCCUAUACAUGUAUGUAUUGCCUUUUUGCUGUUUGCUACCUCCCCUUGCUGUUCUGAUAAGAAGCUAAGCAACUGAAAUUUACUUUAACUUCAUUCCUCAACACUUUUUUUAAUUUCAACUGCUUAAAUUGCCUCCUCAAACAAAAACCAUGAUGACGACAUCAUGACCGAUUCUUCGUCUUAUGUUGAAGUCACUUUACUUUGGUGUCACCUGGCGCAGGUGUUGCUUCAGGAUAUGCUUAAACAAAUGCUAAAGGAGAUUUUUUUCUGAUUGUGUUUAUCUGAUAUGGAAUCCAGUAUCUUUUGAUUCACAGAUCAGCUAUGAUUUGGUUGCUGCGAUGGCCAAUAAAAAUAAUAAUUGCGUGUUUCUUAAGGUGGCGGUAUACUUGGAAAGACGUUUAGAAGAAACAACAACAGAAUAACUGGUAAACGUGUCAGAAAGCGCCGUUGCCGGUGUAGUCGAUAAGAACUUCCUGUCUUUUUGGGUUGUGGAACAAACCGAAGACAGAGAGGCAGCUUUUUACCUCUAUCUCAUAUAGUUCAACGAUUCAAACUCCUAUACACAUUUCACUAAAGUGAUUCUCAAAGACAGAAAAAAAUUUUCAAUAUAGAACUCGGUUAUGGGACGUUUCCAUAGACUAUACAUUAUUUUACAGGACAGUUGAUGAAACUAUUAAUAUGCCACAAUAUAUAAAAAAAUAAAAAAAAAACUCUUUACAAGGGAGUUCAAACAUAAUUUAGACAAUUUACAGAAUGGGACAGGUCAAAGAAUCUUCUUCAGGCCUUUCAAGAUGUCUUUUCUCUCACAACAUGUCUACUUCUUACCAAGUAUACUGUGGCGCCAAGAAUUAGAUUUUCCAUUGCUGUUUUCACAUUAAACACCGUGUGUGUGUGUGUGUGUGUGUGUGUGUGUGUGUGUGUGUGUGUUCGUUUCCUGUCUUUGUGGGACACAGUUUCAAAGCUCCUGGGAAAUUUGGCUUUAAUAGGUGUUCAAAGUAUGAAAUGAGAUGAUGACUGAUCCAUGAUGUCCACCCUGGUGGCUCCAGUGGUGAAACAGAAAUGAGGAAAUUGGUGCUUGCUUUUCCAGUUUUCAUUACUUCAUUGUAUCUGUGCCUUUUUUUUUUUUUUUUCCCCAAUAUUCCAGCUUCCCUUGUGCCCAUUCCUCUGUAUGUAUGUAUGUUGUUUUUUAUGUAGUCACUGCUCUGAAGCUAUUAAUUUUACAUGCACAAUAUUAACAAACAUAAGCUAUCGGUCUGUAGUUUUAAGUUAAGGUCUGUCUGGAAAACGUCUUUGCAUUUUGGUCGUUGGUGAAUUUAUUUUAUUUUAUUUUAUUUAGGGUUUUUUUUUUUCAAGCACCCAGUACUGAAGUCUCAUGAGAGGCGAGAAAUAGCACCAUUUCAAAUUCUCAGCACAAUAUCUGUGGUUAUAAAAUAUGGUAUUUUAACAGACUGUGUCCAGCAUCAUAUUUCAGAUGUCUGUACUUUGGAUAAUUGGUUGUUUCCAGCGGUAAGCCACAUUUGUUCAGGCCUUGAGGAAACUAUGCGGUUUUGAAAACAAAUGGUCACAGUGAACUUUUUUGACUGUACUGUGUCAGACAUUACAUUGUCGAUUUAUUAAUAUUAUUAUUAUUAUUAUUAUUAUUUUUGUUUAUGUGAAAGGUAUGUUGCUUUUGGUGCUAUCGUGCUAUUAUAAACACUGAUUUUUACGUGUACCAUCAAAACCCAUCGAAUUAGGUUUUGACAUCGAAGGUUCAGCUCCCUCUUUAUUAUUUCUCGUUACAAUCCUACUGACAAUCAGGGACAGACAGCACCCAUUAUUCUGAAUCAAGCUCAUGUGUCCUCUUUGAACAUUCCUACUAGAAUGUAUAGAAAAUAUCCUGCUGUAAAUAUCCUGUAUAUUUUUCACAUUGUGCAUUUUUCUUUCUUUCUUUCUUUUUUUUUUAAUGGUCUGAGAAAUACUGGUAUUUGUCAGUAGCGUGACAAAGCUUGUUCAAGAGACACUUUUUGUCAGUGGAAUGCACAUUAAUGUAGUUCCCACAAUUUUGGUUAUUGUUAGUUUGGAAAAGGAAAAAAAAAAGAAGGAAUCCAUCAGGAAUUAUAUGCAGUCAGACAUAUUAUGAUGAUCAUGCUAUGUUGGUGAUGAAAGGCAUUUAAAGAGUCCUCCCUUCCUUUCUGAAAAUCAUUUACUCCAACCCCCCCCCUCCCUUUUUUUUUUUUUUGCUAUAAAAUUAUAUUUGUGUGGUUGAAAUACUCCACCAUAGGCUACCUAUUUCUUUGUGUAAGCACUUUUUUAAAAAAGCACAGUGCAGAGUAAUACUUCUGCUUUGGUAAUUAUACCCUUUAAGUUCUCAGUUGUAAUAAUUAAUCUCAAAUUGGCAAAUUUAAAAUGCAAAAUAGUGUUGGAAAAUCAACACAAGCAGUACUACAAUCCAUGUUUUUGUUUUUGUUUUAUAUCUUUAAGUAACAAUUAACCAUAACCUGGCCAUAAGUGUCCUUGUAUAAGCUGGAGAAAAAAAUCUUUGUUUUGUGUACAAAAA